GCGACAAGUAAGACUGUUGCCAAUUGUAAUGUAAUUUGUGCAGAGAAUGUGCCAUGCGCUGUUGUUCCAGGGAAUGAUAUUAGCUUGUCUGUGGCGCCUGUCUUGUGCGAUGAGGGAAAGGAAACCUUUGCCAGUGUGCCUAUUGCAAAUGAUAGACAGAUUGCAGAAACAAUGGAUGUCGCUAUUACACCUGAUCAUGGCAAUGUUGUGCAAAUCCUGAGGAGCGUGCAAGGAUCUUUUCAUCAGGGAGAUGUACGGUUUGCCACUCCCGGUGUUCAGUGUAUGGCUAUUGCUUUAGUGAGUAUUGUCAAACACUCCAUUGUCCCAAUGAGCUCAUGGGACAGAUUGGAUUUAGAUAAAGUGCUAGUGUUAGGAGAUGAGUUGUAUCAGUUUUUGCAGAGAAGUGGCAUGAUAUCAGGGAAGAGCAGCUUGCUGUGUGUUCCUGACCUCCCCACCCAGGUUGUCAUUGAUGAGCAGUUAGUUGGUGUUAACUAUGGACAGCAUGUUUGCGGACUAGUUGAUGUCGUUGAUAGUGACCUGAUCAGGGCUGGUGUUCACGUUUCUCUAGGUCAAGGGUUGGAAGACAUGUUUAGCACAUAUGACAGUUGUUUACUGACUGUAGGCAGUGCCUCCUGUGCAAUUGUUUGCCAUGACAACAAGUAUGCUGUGUGUGAUUCACAUGCCCGCAGCGCGGCUGGAAUGGUCGAUGCUGAUGGCCAGAGUGUAGUUGUGGUUUUGCGUAGUCUAGCAGAUUUACAGAAAUAUAUUUGCAGAUUGGCCUCAUCCCUUGGCAUGGAGACACAGGCUUUUGAAAUAGCCGGUGUACAAGUCGAGAAGACAGGCCAAACUGCUGCGAACUCUGUAAGUGCUCCAUGUGAACAGAUCAGUGUACUCAGCAACAGAGGUAUUAGACGCAAGAGAAGCAGUGAGACACAUGAUGUUGUCAGCAAGCGCAAUGUCACUGAUGCCAGAUCUGACGUUGAGCUAGUUGGUGUUGUGCCUAGUGAGCAAUUGCUGUUUGCCCCUAUUGAUAGAGACACUGCUCAGGUUUUAUGUACGCAGAUGGAGGUAGACUUUGAGCACAGAGCCAUGCCAAUACAUACAGUAGGUGGUGCUUUGGGAGAGCCAUGCAAGAAGCACAGUAUUGCACCUGAUGGUAAUUGUUUUUUCCGUGCUGUAUCUCAGGCUGUGAGUGGCACGCAAAAGCACCACAGAAAACUACGACUCGCAGUUGUUAAACAACUGCGCAAGAAUGCACAACAAUAUCGUCAUUACCUGAGACGUGAAUACACUUCCGUGUCUGAAUACAUUGAGCAGUCCCAAAUGCAUAAAGUUAAUAUUUGGGCAACAGAGUUGGAAAUUCAAGCGUUAGCAGAUUAUCUCGGUGUCCAUGUGUUUACAUACUGUGACACACGUUGGCUGAAAUAUAGUUGUAGAGGGAAGCUGCUGUCAGACCAGGGUAUCUAUUUAGAAAACAGCCACAACCAUUAUGAAACUGUGGUUUGUGUUGCCCAUCAACAGGGUGAUGGCUGUUACGGUGUGUGUACGUUGCAGAACUCUUAUAGUUCAUGCGGUGUGCAAACACGCAGGACUGAGAAUAAGGCCCAAAUUACAGUGAACUCAGGGACAUUGUCACCUGAUGACAACCCCUGCACUGGUGCAGAGUGCAAAGAUGUCCAUAACGUACCAAGUCCCAUGACACGCACAUUUACACCUCUAUCUUGUGAGGUGGGCAGGGCUGUUUGCAGUCAAUAUAAAAUAGAUUUUACAAAGCAGGAAGUAAAUGUACAGCAUGGUUUUAACAGCCUAGGUGAUGUCUGUUUAACUCAAAAGGUGCUGAAGGACAACAAUAGCUUUUUUAGAGCUCUCGCUCAUAGUGUCAGUGGUUCCCAAAAUAACCAUCGAAAACUUAGACUGGCAGUCGUAAAACAUAUGGAAAAUCACAGUGAGCGGUACAACAAAAUCGUUGGGAAAGAAUAUACCUCUGUAGCACACUAUAUUACAUCUUCAGGCAUGCGAUAUGUUGGGAACUGUGCCUCUGAUCUUGAAUUUCAGGCAGCGGCUGAUGUCUUGGGACUGGACAUUUACAUAUAUACGGCUGGGACAUGGCACAAGUACAGCUGUAUGACUAACAGAUUGACAGAUGAAAGCAUAUAUUUGCAACAUGUGGACAGUAACCACUUUGAGCCUGUUAUAUGUGUAUACAGUGUUGAUCAGAAAAGCUGCUGUAACUUGUGUACAGUACAGACAAAUGCUGCGACCCGGACCAGGAAAGCGUUCCCCAGCCAGAGAGAGAGCACUGACAAUAUGUCCAGUGGCCAAACAGGGAGUUCCUUAUCUAAAUAUUUGCGAGGUAAAAAGAGCGCGCAUAGCAGAAUGUCAUAUCAAAACAAUGUAGUCAUGCAAGAGCAAAUUAAAAACCGUAAUAGAAGCAAAUAUACAGAAAAUGAAGCGGUUAAAGAAAAAAUGAAGAGCAUGGUGAAAGAAAAGUAUGCACAAAAUACCUCAUACAACAACAAACUCAGAGCCUUAAGCAAAUCUAAAUACCAACACAAUAAAUGUCACAGAGAUAGAGUUAAACUCAUGAGCAAAACAAAAUAUCAACAAGAUGCACGUCACAAGGAUAGAGUUAAAAUCAUGAGCAGGACAAAAUAUCAACAAGAUGAACGCCACAGGGAUAGAGUUAAAAUCAUGAGCAGGACAAAAUAUCAACAAGAUGAACGCCACAGGGAUAGAGUUAAAAUCAUGAGCAGGCGCUAUUACAGCAAUCCUGAAUUUAGGAAGCGUGUCACUACAAACAUUCUGUUCAAACGCCGUCAACGCCAGGAACAGCGUGAACUGUUUGAAAUUGCUAUGAUGCAAUUUCUGGAGAAGGUCAAAGACGGACCAGAGUUUGUGUGUUGUGUGUGUCACCGGCUGCUUUUUAAACACCAGGUGCUGCAGUGUAGGCGGGACAUGUACAGAAAAAGUCGGUUCACUGCUUUGAUCGCUGAUCGCUGCAUUUCUGAAGACUAUGUUCAUGUGUGUGGUUCGGUGUGCAGUAACCCAUGUCCACUGCUACAUUCUGCUAGGGGUAAACUGUGGAUAUGUAGCACUUGUCAUAGGAAAAUCCGCCAAGGGCAAACGCCACCUGAGAGUGCACAGAAUAACUUGGCGCUGCAGCCAAUCCCUCAGGAAUUGGCGUCGCUUAACUCCUUAGAACAACACCUGAUUGCACUACAUAUACCUUUUAUGAAGAUGCUGGCGUUGCCCAAGGGCGGCCAAAACGGCGCCCAUGGGCCAGUGACUUGUGUUCCGGCCAACAUUGUACAGACCACCAGCUUGCUACCACGUACAGACAACAAGGGUUCCCUGUUGCCUGUGAAAUUAAAGCGCAAGCUGACAUACAAAGGUCACUAUGAAUAUCAGUAUGUUGACACGGGUAACAUCAGGCAAGCCUUGCUUUAUCUCAAAGCAAGCAACAAACACUAUAACGAUGUGGCAUUUAAUGACUCGUGGGUAAAUGAGUUCUGCCCCGAUUCCGUCAGCGAACAGCCUGCGCAGGUCGGUGACUCUUGUAGUUCACCAGCUGCUGAUCUUGCUCAGGAAGAGCUCCUGCACGAUCGGCAGACUCACUGCAUGUUCCAAGAUACCUGUCUCAUGCCAGUCGAUAUUGGGCAAGAGGCUCUUGACCAGUACUUCGAUCAUGUCUUAAGCCUCGCUCCUGCUGAAGGGAACUCUCCGGUGAGACUCCUCUCAGAUCACAGUAAUGAGGCAAAGUGCUUUCCUGUUCUGUUUCCACAAGGUGGCCCUACGUACCACGACAGCAGACCGCAGCGUCUCACCCUGUCGCGGUACUUUAAUAACAGGAUUAUGCACGCAGACGGCAGGUUUUCAGGGAAUGUGGAAUACAUCUUCUUUGCGCAGUAUAUGUGUGAGGUUGAGCAGGUGCUAUCGAGCGUGUCCAUAGCCCUGCGUAAAGGCCACAAACAUGCUGCUGCACAGUCUCUUGGCAGUGACAGACUCUGUACUGAGGAGUCCUUUAAAAAACUGCUUGAAUUCGACGAGGGAUACCGCUUUCUUAAGCCAAUUCGUGGCACGCCAGCUUUCUGGCAAGUGGCGCAACGCGACCUGAUGGCCUGCAUCCGCCAACUUGGUAUCCCUACCUGGUUCUGCUCUUUCUCCUCUGCAGACAUGCGCUGGUCAAAUCUUCUCCAGACAAUCUUGAAACAGGAAGGCCGCGCACAAACUGCAGAAGACUUGGACUGGGCACAGAGAUGCGAGCUUCUCCGCCGCAAUCCAGUCACUGCUGCUCGCAUGUUCGACUUUCGCUGGCACGUGUUCUUGAAGGAGGUCCUCCUCUCUCCUGCUCAGCCCAUCGGCAAGAUCUGUGAUUUCUACUACCGUGUGGAAUUCCAGCAGCGCGGCUCCCCGCAUGUCCACUGCCUCUUUUGGGUCGAGAAUGCCCCAGUCAUUGACAAAAACACAGACGACGAGGUCACGGCAUUUAUCGACCAAUACGUCACUUGUGAAUUGCCGACACAUGACCCGGCUUUACUUGAAGCUGUUACCUCUGUGCAACAGCAUUCCCGGCGCCACUCGAAGACAUGCAAAAAAAACAGAACUGUCUGUCGGUUCAACUUUCCACGGCCGCCUUCAGCUCGCACUUUCAUCUGCCGCGAGGCAUCUGAUGAUGUCGUUACCUGUGCUUGUCAGGCUAAUGAGCCUAUCUUGUCGCCACCUGCUUGUUCUUGUACACCUGUACACAUGACAAAGGAGGCAGCAGCUAAGAUCAUGAGUGCAAUCAAAGCCGCUCUUUCGAACCCCGACGCCGCUUUCUCUGAUGUGGGCCACUUAUUCUCUAGCUUGAAUAUCAACCAGAGCCUCUUUGAGAGAGCCUACGGGCGCUGCUCUCGCAAAACACAAGUUGUCUUAAAGCGUCGCGCUGACGAGGUAUGGAUCAACCAGUACAGCGCACCACUCUUGAAAUGCUGGAAUGCAAACAUCGACAUCCAGUAUGUGGUUGACGCCUAUGCUUGUGUGGUAUAUAUCAUUUCCUACAUUUCAAAGGCAGAGAAAGAGAUGGGGCUCCUCCUGCAGAAUGCCCAACGCGAGGCCAGCAAAGAGUCUAACACUAGCGCGAGAGACGCCAUGAGGAACCUGGGCAGCGUCUACUUGCACAACAGGGAUGUUUGUGCUCAAGAGGCUGUCUACAGACUGACUAACAGUCACUUGAAGGAGUGCUCCCGUAAAGUCGUCUUUGUCCCCACUGGGGAUAAUGUUGUCAAGAUGAGCCUGCCCUUGAGCGUGCUUAGGCAGAAGGCCGCCUCAAAGGAACUCAGCACAGACGACAUGUGGAUGACUAGUCUUGCCGAUCGAUACAAGAGCCGUCCACAACAGGCUCCAUUUAAUGACAUGUGUAUGGCCACCUUUGCAUCGCAAUAUCGCGUUGUGUCUGCCAAUGAAACCACAUGGAAUAAAGUCAGGCUUGACAACAACAACGGCUACGUUGCAAAACGCACGCGCACGCAGCCCGCCGUCAUCCGAUAUGCGCGCUUCUCUGUAAGCCAGCAGCCAGAACUCUACUACCUCAGCCUCUUGCAGCUUUUCCUGCCCUAUCGCUGCAACAUGGACCUCAGGCCCGCUGCUUACACGACCUAUGAGCACUUCUACUCUUCUGGCUCUGUUACGUCAGCAGGCGGACUGCUGCGUUCAGUCAAGUCCGUUGUUGACCAAAACCGCUCUGUCUUUGAGAAAGAUGCUGAUACCUUAGAUAGUAUCCACAGCUCAAUCGACAGCACAGGUGUUCUUGAGGACGCAUGGUGCGAAAUGUGUCCUGAGCAGCAGCUGGACCGCUUGGAGUGCGCCGAGCUUGCCAGUACCGCGCAGCAAGCAGACGAUGAGCCCCUCGCCAGCAUCCCCGACCUUGCCGUAACUCGGGCACAGGGGGGUAACUUGGAGAAAAAAAGGACCACUCUGAGCAGGGCCGACGGAUUGGCGCUGCUACGCACCCUCAACCCGACGCAGAGGGGCGUUUUCUUUCAUGUCAGGCAGUGGUGUGUGCAGGUGCUUCGCGGAGAAAAGCCACCACCCAUUCAUCUUUUUGUCACUGGGGGUGCAGGGACUGGGAAGAGCCACCUCAUCAGGGCUCUCCAGUACGCAGCCGAGCGCUUACUGGCACCAGUGGCUCUCCACCCUGACGACAUCACCGUUAUGAUCACGGCUCCUACAGGCAUCGCCGCCUACAACUUGCGCGCUGCCACCAUUCACACGGCAUUUAGCAUCGGCAAGGACGUCCGCCUUCCUUACACGCCGUUGGGUGAAGACAAGCUCAACACUUUGCGUGUCAAAUAUGCCAGUUUGAAAAUACUGAUCAUUGAUGAAAUCUCCAUGGUCAAUCACAACUUACUGGCAUAUAUCCACGGACGCCUCCGCCAAAUUAAACAGUCUGGCGACACCUGCCUCUUUGGAAACGUCACUGUCAUUGCGGUGGGUGACUUCUUCCAGCUGCCCCCAGUAAGGGGGAAACCCCUGUAUGUUCAGAACAUGGGCGCUGAUCUGUGGUCAGGCACUUUUCAGAUGGUAGAGCUGACCGACAUUAUGCGCCAGAGGGACACGGCCUUUGCCUCUCUCUUGAAUCGCCUCAGGCAGCACCCUAAAGGCGCCCCUUUGCUGCUUGAUGACCUCCAGACUCUGAAAUCCUGCGUAACAGGAGAGGAGAGCUCUGCGCUCCAUAUCUUUGCGACAAACAAGCAGGUGUGUAUUCACAACACCCUUCGCCUCACUGCCGCCUGCCCUGAUUUCAGUCGCGUGCCAGCACAGGACUUCGUGACCUGUAAGACAACUGGCAACUUACAGUUGAUGCGUGGCCACCACUCCAGCACGCACAACACCACCUUGGAGGAAGAGCUCCUUUUAGGGCAAGGUGCACGCGUCAUGCUGUGUAAAAACGUGGACAUCUCGGAUGGCUUAGUGAACGGGGUCUGUGGCACCGUCACUGACAUCGCCUACGCACCAUCCUCUUCUGCCUUCCCGAGAACGAUCUAUGUCCUUUUUGAUGAUCCCCAGAUUGGGGCACAGCGACGCAAGCGCCAUCCUUACCCUCCCGCUGUCACCUCUACAGGCAUUGACCCCGAAGAGGAAACAAUCACAGCUCGCAACGGCCUGCGUAGGCAGUUCCCUUUGAAACUGGCUUGGGCGUGCACUGUCCACAAGGUUCAGGUGACCGUUGACAAGGCUGUAGUGUCCCUCUCCAAGAUCUUUGCGCCUGGGCAAGCCUACGUAGCCUUGAGCCGUGUCCGCAGCUUGUCCGGCUUGGUGAUUACAGACUUUGCAGAGAAAGCUGUUUAUUGCAAGGACAGCAUCAAAGAGGCGCUGACCACCAUGCCUCGCUUCUCUCUUGAGGAUUCCUCCUCUAUUGCCUGCCCUUCAGACGCUUUCACUGUCUUCUGCUUGAAUGCACAAGGCUUGCGUGCGCAUUCACAAGACUUGGCUCUGUGUACACACUCGCUGCGCCCUGAUUGCAUUGUUGUCACAGAGACGUGGCUGCCUGCAGCUUCAACACUUGACUCUGUACAGCUCCAGGGAUACACUUUGCGCCAUCUUGCCCGGAGUCAGGCGUAUGAUAGCAGCAACCCCACACUGCUGGACAUUCGUUCCCAGCAACAUGGCGGCGUUGCCAUGUACUACUUUGACCCCUCUGCUUUUCAUAGCAUAGAGCUUCCUGGCAUCAACAUGGAGUGCUUGCUUUGCCACAAUCCGUACCACAACAUUGUGCUGGCUGUCAUUUAUCGCCCGCCAACCUAUCCCAUGUCUUUGUUCAAAGAAAACCUCGGCAGGCUUCUGCCUUUUCUUGAAAACCUGGCACCGACUAUCGCCAUCAUGGGAGACUUCAACGAGGACAUCCUUAAAACAUCCUCAAUUCCUUCCUUUUUGGCUGGCCGCGGCUUUCUUCAGCACAUAACUGUGCCAACCACGGAUUCAGGCACACUCAUCGACCAUGUAUACGUCAGGAGCUCAGUUCACCAAGUGGUCACUGUCGUUCGCGCUACAUACUUCAGUGACCACCACGGCAUCUUCUGUACUUUCGCACACAACAAACUAUAGUAAAGCCCGUGUACAACACUGCAACAUAAUGUUCCUCUGGAGCCACACUGUACCUGCCUGGACACACACAAUGGUUGCGAUACCGUCAGCGUUUUGGUCACGCUCAAACUUUUGCUCUGAGGCACAAGGCAAGUUGAAACAAACUGCAACUAGUGCUCAGGUACUUACAGCUCGUGCAGUGUUCUGCCGCUGGCACGUCAAAACGCUUGAGGUUUCACAACCACACAAAAUCACUCCAUUCCACCACCUGGUGCACCAACAACACAUGCCUGUGGGUCACAAUGUAACGCUAUUCACUUUACAGCUAAAAGCUCCACUGGACCUGCAUGGAUUUCUCAUCA